AUGGCUGUCAAAGGAAGAAUCCCCAUCCCGUUCACUUUCUCCUGCUUCUUCCUCUUCUUAAGUACUUGUUAUUCAACAAGAGACACGCUGCUACAAGGCAAACCUCUAAGAGACUGGGAGCGCCUGGUUUCUGCUAACUACGCUUUCACAUUAGGCUUCUUCACGCAAGGUUCUUCAGACUACCGCUAUUUAGGAAUAUGGUACACCAGAUUGGAGAAGAGGAGAGUCUGGGUUGCUAACCGGAAUGAUCCAGUUCCAGACACAUCCGGAAAUCUUAUGAUUGACCAUGCAUGGAAGUUAAAAAUCAGAUACAACGGAGGCAGCAUUGCUGUAUCAAAUUACAGUCAAAUAGCAAGCAAUACAAGUGCUAUUCUACAGAAUAAUGGGAACUUUAUAUUGAGAGAGCAUGUGUCAGAUGGAACAACACGGGUUUUGUGGCAAAGCUUUGAUUAUCCAACGGACACACUUCUUCCAGGAAUGAAACUGGGUAUCAAUUUGAGGACUGGGCAUCAGUGGUCACUGACUUCCUGGCUAACUGGUCAGAUUCCUGCUACCGGGCAUUUUUCUUUGGGCGCAGAUUUCCGUAAUAACAGCCAAUUAAUCGCAUGGUGGAGAGGGAAGAUCUACUGGACCAGCGGGUUUUGGCACAAUGGGAAUUUGAGUUUCGACAACCUUCCAGCUUCUUUACUACCCAAAUAUCAUAGGAAUGAUGGACACGGCUUUCGCUAUACGUCAAAUAAGAAAGAAAUGUACUUCAGUUUUCAUGCGGACGAAGGCGUGUUUUUCCCAAUGUUGGUUUUGCUACCAUCGGGAGUUCUUAUGAGUAGGCUUAGAAGCUUCGUUCACUGUGAAACCAGCAUUCAAUCGCGAGGAUGUGUGAAGCCUGAUUUGCCGAAGUGCCGAAAGCCGGCAUCACAGCGGUUUCAAUAUACUGAUGGUGGUUAUGUAGCUUCCGGAGGAUUUAUGUUCUAUGACAACUCGACCUCUGUGGAUUGCCGUUUCAGUUGCUGGAACAAUUGCUCUUGUGUUGCCUUUUCCCUUUUUGCAACUCGUUGUGUAAUUUGGAGCCGAAUACAACCCAGAAAAUAUUUUGAAGGAGAAUCCGAACAGAUUUACGUCCUUCAAACCGAUAAAGCUGCAAGAAAGAUGUGGUGGAUAUGGCUCGUUACUGCUGCAGGCGGAGCAGUUAUUAUACUUCUUGCAAGCUCUUUGUGUUGUUUAGGAUGGAAAAAGCUGAAGCUACAAGAGGAGAACAAAAGACAACAAGAGCUACUAUUUGAAUUGGGAGCUAUUACAAAACCUUUUACCAAGUACAAUUCAAAGAAACAUGAAAAGGGUGGAAAGAAAACGAAUGAGUUGCAACUAUUUAGCUUUCAAAGCUUAGCUGCUGCGACGAACAACUUCUCAAUUGAAAAUAAGCUUGGAGAAGGUGGUUUUGGACCCGUAUAUAAGGGAAAGUUACUCGAUGGACAAGAAAUAGCAAUAAAGAGGCUUUCAAAAAGUUCAAGACAAGGAUUGGUGGAGUUCAAAAAUGAGAUUGCCCUCAUUGCAAAACUCCAACAUGAUAAUCUCGUUAAACUUUUAGGGUGUUGCAUUGAAGAAGAAGAAAAGAUACUAAUUUAUGAGUACUUGCCAAACAAGAGCCUGGAUUUCUUCGUCUUUGAUCCUAGCAAAAAGAAUUUAUUGAAUUGGAAGAAACGUUAUAGUAUCAUUGAAGGGAUUACUCAAGGACUUCUUUAUCUCCACAAAUAUUCUAGAUUAAGAGUAAUUCAUAGAGAUUUGAAAGCUAGCAAUAUUUUAUUAGACAAUGAAAUGAAUCCCAAGAUAUCAGAUUUUGGUAUGGCUAGAAUAUUUGGUCGAGAUGAAUGUGAAGCAAAUACAAACAGAGUUGUUGGAACAUAUGGUUACAUGUCACCAGAGUAUGCCAUGCAAGGCAUUUUCUCUACAAAAUCUGAUGUGUUUAGCUUUGGAGUAUUGCUACUAGAGAUUGUGAGCAGCAAAAAGAACCACAGUAAUUAUCAUUAUGAACAUCCUCUCAACCUCAUAGGAUAUGCAUGGGAAUUGUGGAAAGAAGGUAAAGAGUUAGAAUUAAUGGAUCAAACAUUAUGUGAUGAUCCGAGUCCUAAUAAUGUAGUGAAAAGAUGCAUCCAUGUGGGACUUCUUUGUGUGCAAGAAAAUCCAAAAGAUAGACCCACUAUGUCAGAUGUUGUUCUUAUGCUUGCGAACGAAAGUAUGCAACUAUCUAUCCCAAAGCAACCUGCAUUUUUCAUCGGGGGAAUUGAACAAGAGCUAGAGAUCCCUAAAAGAAACUCAGAGAAUUGUUCUCUUAAUAUUGUAUCAAUAUCUGUGAUGGAAGCUAGAUAA